AGUCUAUGGGCAUUGGGCAUAGCAUUUGUGAAUCAUUGUAAAUUGUCACGUGUAGUUUAAGCUAGUCAUAUUGUGCGAGGUUGUUAGUGCUAAUUAACCAAAAGCACAUACUUUUAACGGAGAAAUGGGUAAAGGCCGAAAAAAUAAGCCGAAAAAGAACUUCGCUGAAAAAAGGCGUGAGAAGCUGAAGAAAAAGGACGAAUGGGAUAAUACUCCUCAUAGAAGCUAUGCGGAUAUUAUCCGGGAGAACAAGGAUUUCGAGGAUUAUUACAAGACGCAGAGAAUCGUGCCGGAAGAUAAAUGGGACGCGUUUAUCAGCACUAUAAGGACCAAUCUGCCAGUUGCUUUCCGUAUCACCGGUUCGAAGGUCGAAGCUAAGGCCCUGUUGAAAAUAAUCAAAAGUGAUUUCUUCAAAGAGAUUUUGAAUGCAAACUCGAAGGAUGAUAAGGGGGACGCUGACGGUUCGUCGAAAACUAUACUACACAGUUUACCUUUUUAUCCGGAGGAGCUAGCUUGGCAGUUGCAAUUAACUAGGAAAGACAUACGACGAUCUGAGGCGUACUUUAGGCUGCACAACUUCCUCAUUGCUGAAACUAACAACGGCAGCAUCAGCAGGCAGGAGGUAGUCAGUAUGGUGCCUCCUUUGGUCCUGGAUGUAAAACCGUCGCACAAGGUUCUCGAUAUGUGCGCGGCACCAGGAUCGAAAACAGCGCAACUUAUAGAGAUGAUACACGCUGAUGAGGGAACUGAUCCUCCAGAGGGUUUUGUAAUAGCUAAUGACGUCGACAACAUUCGGUGCUACAUGCUCGUACACCAAGCUAAGAGACUGAAUAGCCCGAACAUUCUCAUUACAAACCAUGACUCGUCAAUUAUGCCAAACUUCGUGAUUACAAAACCAGAUGGUACAAAAGAUACAUUAAAAUUUGAUAGAAUACUUGCAGACGUCCCAUGCAGUGGUGACGGUACUAUGCGAAAGAAUCCAGAUAUAUGGUGCAAAUGGAGUCCUGCUAACGGCAGCAAUCUCCACGGAAUUCAGUACAGGAUAGCAAAACGUGGCUUAGAAUUGCUAGCAAUUGGAGGGAGGAUGGUAUACUCCACGUGUUCGCUAAAUCCCAUUGAAAAUGAAGCAGUGCUUCACAGGCUUCUUUGCGAGACUGGAGACUCAGUACAGUUAAUUGACUGUAGAGAUUUAGUGCCAGGAUUAGUGUGUGAUCCUGGUGUUACGCGCUGGAAGCCGGCAUCUAAAAAUUUACAAUAUUACGACAACUGGGACGACGUUCCAGAACAGUGGCAGACGCAAGUACGGCCGAAAAUGUUUCCUCCAGAUGCAAACGAAGCUACUAAGUUUCACCUCGAACGUUGUAUGAGAAUAUUACCACAUCAUCAAGACACCGGAGGUUUCUUCGUGGCCGUGCUGGAGAAAGUAAAAUCCCUACCAUGGGAAAAUGACACUAGUGCAUUAAAUCAAACUGCGCAGGAUGCAGAUGGUAAUGAAAACAAGGAUAAGCACGUACUCGGGGAAGAAGUUUCGCAAGGCACAAUGCUUUCAGAAAGUGGAAAACGAACAUUGGAAGAAGAAAAGAAAUCGCGGGAAUCGCAAAAGAAGCGGAGGAGGAUAGUCGGUUACAGAGAAGAUCCAUUUGUCUUCUUUAAGGACCAAACAGAAGACGUAUGGCAGUCUAUAAAAGAUUUUUAUGGUAUAUCUGAUGAUUUAGAUCCACGUUGCCUGUUAGUAAGGUGUCACGAGGGAAAAAAGAAAAAUAUUUAUUUCACGUCGCCGGCAAUCCGUGAUAUAGUGGUAUCUAAUGAGAAUAAAGUAAAGAUGAUCAACACUGGUGUUAAAACGUUUGUGCGAUGCGACAAUAAAAAUAUGAACUGCGCCUUCAGACUCGCUCAAGAAGGGAUGCACAGUAUCAGUCGUUACAUAAAUGGUCACAGAAAGAUUCAAGUCUCGAAAGAAGAUUUAAUAAUGCUUUUACAAAAUGAUAAUCCACACACGCCACCUGAAAUAGUGAAAUUAAGCCCAAACACUCAAGAAUGUCUCAAAGAAUUCGCGAUUGGAAGUUGUAUAUUGUUAUACAAAGAAGAGGAGACUGACAAUCUAAAUCGCCUAAAUCUUCAGCUGGUAGGAUGGAGAGGAGUAAUGUCUCUUAGGGCAUAUGUGCCUAUUUGCGACGCAAUUCAUUAUUUACGGCUUUUAGGAGCGGAUUGCUCUAAAUUUGAGAAAAAUAAAUUCGAGGAAAAUCGCGCAGCCGCAUUAGCCGAGGACGUCAACAACGAUGAUGUUAAAACUGAAUUGGAAACUAAAGAAAUUAAAACUGAAGAUUAAUGAAAAAGAGUUGCAACAAGGAACAGGGGACUAGCAGACAGAGGAAGUCGAUGCAGAGAUAUCAACUGAAACAAUUGAAUUGCUCAUUAUGACGUAAUUAAGACUUUUCAACUUUUCUAAUUUCUUACAUAUAUGAUAUAAAUUAAGAUAUUUAAAUUGCAUUUUUUUUUAAAUUUUAUUUGAAUAUUUUAAUCCGAUCUGAUAAGAAUCGAGUAUAUUGAUACUGAAAAAUGUGUAAAUUAUGUUAUAAACGGACUUAAAAAAAAAAGAUGAUUUUAUAGGAUAAAAACUUCGACGAUGGAAUGAUAAAA